AUUUGCCUUGGCAAUUUUAGAGCACGUUGUUGUAUGAUUGAUUGUGUACAGCUCAUCCUUUUAGUUGAGUGAUCAUAAAGAAGCAAUGUGGAAAAUUACUUGUGAGAGAGGUCGACAAUGGUGGGAUUGGCAAGAAGAAGGUGGUUCAGAAGAGUUGAUAAACCAAGUGGAAACGGCUAGAAAGGACUUUGAGAAGAACAAGCACCAACAAAAGCACUCUGCAGAUCGAAUACUUAGAACCAUUGCAUUGUAUAGACCGUUGAAUGAAGCGUAUGGGAUGGAUGAUGUUACCGAUUAUAUGAAGAGUUUGGAUAAGAGAAUGAGUCAAGAGGAUGAAGGGAAACGUUACCGGAUACAAUUGGAGAAAAGUUUAGCAACUGCUAUACAGUAUUAUAGAAGACUACAAAUGUCUGAUGGCCAUUGGCCUGGAGACUACGGAGGGCCUAUGUUUCUGUUACCUGGACUGGUAAUCGUUUGUUAUAUCACUGAAACAGAUUUGGGCAACGAAACGAAAAAGGAAAUGAAAAGAUAUUUGUAUAAUCACCAAAACGAAGAUGGUGGUUGGGGUUUACAUAUAGAAGCUCCUUCUUCAAUGUUUGGAACUGCGAUGAAUUAUGUAGCUUUGAGAAUAUUAGGGGUUGACAGGGAUGAUUCCGCCGCAAUAGCUGCGAGAAAUUGGAUUCUUCAAAGAGGAGGAGCGCUAGGCAUUCCUUCCUGGGGAAAGUUGUAUUUGGCAGUGUUAGGAUUAUAUCAUUGGGAUGGACUAAAUCCUCUCACCCCCGAAAUGUGGAUUCUUCCUUAUUGGGUACCCAUUCAUCCUGGAAGAUUUUGGUGCCAUUGUAGAAUUGUUUAUUUGCCGAUGAGCUAUUUGUAUGGAAGAAGAGCAACUGCUAAGGAAACAUCGUUAAUUCGAGAACUCAAGGAAGAACUCUAUUUGGACAAUUUUGAUCAGAUUGAUUGGAAUGCACAGAGAGAGAAUUGUUGCAAAGAAGAUAUUUACACACAUCGUCCCAAAGUGCAAAGUUGGCUAUGGACCAUUUUGAGUUGGUAUGAAAAAUUUCCUAUUCCAGGAAAGUCUUAUCUUCGCAAUCUUGCAUUGGAAGAAACCCUCCUUCAAGUAAAGAAGGAAGAUGAAUAUACUGACUUUAUAUGCAUUGGACCAGUAAACAAAGUUCUCAAUAUGCUUUGUUGUUAUUUUGAUGAUCCUUAUUCGGAACAUUUUAAGAAACAUAUUCCAAGAUUGAAAGAUUACCUGUGGUUAGCAGAGGAUGGUAUGAAGAUGCAAGGUUAUAAUGGUUCUCAGUUGUGGGAUACUGCGUUUUCUGCACAAGCUUUAUGUGAGGCGGGUUCCAUUACAAGGCAUCAUUUUCCUUCAACAUUACAAUUGGCUCACCAUUAUUUGGAUAUUGCACAAGUGCGAGAAAAUGUUCCACAAGGAGAAAGAUAUUAUCGUCAUAUAUCAAAAGGAGCUUGGCCAUUCUCUACAAGAGAUCAUGGUUGGCCUAUAUCAGAUUGCACAGCAGAAGGACUCAAAGCUGUAUUGGCAUUGGAAGCCUGUGGAAGUAUUCCAAAAGAGCAAUUCUUUUCUCAUGAACGAUUAUUCGAUGCUGUUGAUGUUAGUUUAUCGCUACAAAAUAAAGAUGGAGGUUGGGCCACUUAUGAAAACACGAGAAGUUAUUCAUGGCUCGAAUGGAUAAACCCUUCAGAAGUAUUUGGAGAUAUAAUGAUCGAUUAUUCUUGUGUAGAAUGUACUUCAUCUUCUAUUCAAGGUUUAGCAGCCUUUAGAGCUCGACAUCCUGGUCAUAGAAGAGCACAAGUGGAUAUAGCUAUUGAAAGAGGCGCUCGUUAUAUUGAAAGUAUUCAGAGACCUGAUGGUUCUUGGUAUGGUUCUUGGGGCGUUUGUUUUACUUAUGGUACUUGGUUUGGAGUGGAAGGUUUGGUAGCUGCAGGUCGUACAUUUGAGUCUUGUGAAAGUUUACCUAAAGCUUGUCGCUUUUUAUGUUCCAAACAGAAAUCCGAUGGUUCAUGGGGAGAAAGUUAUCGUUCUUGUACGGAUAAAGUUUGGAUGGAAGCUGAACAAGGUCAAGUGGUACACACUGCUUGGGCAGUGAUUGCUUUGAUCAAAGCUAUUUGUACAAGUCACUCCAUGUGGCAUUCGGAUGUUCAUGUAUCCCAUCAAGCAUAUCAUUCCAGUAUUCGUAAAGGAAUUGAUUUCUUAUUAGAAAGUCAGUUGGAAAAUGGGGAUUGGCCACAACAGAGAAUAUCUGGUGUGUUCAAUCGCAAUUGUAUGAUCAGUUAUUCCAAUUAUCGCAAUAUCUUCCCAUUAUGGGCAAUUGCUUUGUAUCGAAGUCGAUGUUUAGAAGAAAUUUAAUGAUUGAGUGGUGAUUGGUUGUGUU